AUGGGGAACAUUGUUAGAAAGACAGAAACAGGAGAAAAUGGAAUUGAAAACAGCCGAGCAGCAAGUUAUGAAGCUUCUGUCAAACUGAUCUGGGCAUCAGGCACGGUCGUGCGGCGAUACGCACGGUCGUGCGUCACCGACGAUGUGCACCAUCUCCCAGGAAACUCGGAAUCGCACGGCGUGCGGUCAAUCGGCACCACCGUGCAACACCGGACACAAGCUGACAUUGUGGAAUCACCUGGUUUGGCACGACCGGAAGGGCUGUUUGAUUACGUGUGGGUGCAGUUUUACAACAAUGAACAAUGCCAGUAUAGGGCGAAUGCUGAUGCUUUAUUAGCGAGAUGGAACGAGUGGACUCAGGUGACCACAAAUACGAUUUUCUUGGGGGUACCAGCAGCUUCGGGAGCUGCCCCAAGCGGAGGAUAUAUUCCACCAGAUACUCUUACCUCUCAGAUUCUUCCUUCAAUCAAGAGUUCUCCCAAGUAUGGUGGAGUCAUGUUGUGGGACAUGUUCUAUGAUAAACAGAGUGGAUACAGUGACGCUAUCAAAGGCAGUAUAAACUAG